GCGGCUUGGGGUGUGUCUAUCUGCUCAUGUCUGUCUUCCUUCUUUGAGGAGCCUCAUUAAUUAAGGCCAUUUUUAAAAGCUGUGACACAUUUAUAUUGCCCGAUGUAUUUUGCCCAAGCAGUACAAGUCAGUGCUUCAAAUAUGUGUAGCUGUUUGUUUUAAUGUUCUAAUCGGUCAAGAGCAAAACAUCAGGUCGAAACAAUGUGACACGUUACCAUUAAAUGUAAUUCAGGAGUUAUAUUACCUAGGACUGCAUGCUAGCUUAGGCAGGUUUAUAGGGGCUGAAAGGAUCGGAAUAAAAGUUUUUUUUUUAAAGUUAGUUCAUCAAGCUUUAUUGUCCAUGGAGAUUAUCAUUUCUAGCACCUCACCAUGUCGGCAAGAUUCAAUCCUAGAUCAUUUUCCUGAGAAGUCUUGCUGUUCUUUUAACCACAAAACAAUGAUAUGACUGUUUGCGAAUCUUAGUUGGAUCAUUGCCUUCACAAGAUCCCGGGAGAUGUGCGGUUUACCACAGAUAAGUCAAGGGACAGCCCCUUUCAAACAUGUUGUGACGAAAGCCAUCCAAAGGCUGCACAACUUGCGAAAUAUGGGAAUUGUAUGUCUUUUUAUUACAGGAAGGAACUAUAAAAUCUCAAAUGGGACAGAUAAAGACAGUAAUGUGCAUCGACAAGACAAACUGAGUUCCGAUGAAAGUUUGACGCUCAAAAUUUGUCAAAGAGUAUUUGAUCAUUUUAAUUGUAAUGAACACGAGGCUGUUCUUUUUCUUGGAGAAACAUCGCAUAAUUUUUUGCUUUCCUCUUACGAUUUCCGAAAUCACGUACGGAGCAGUUUCUGGGAAAAUCUCCGCAGCUUUAUAACUGACAGAGGUACCACUGUGAGUGUGGGGUGAGACAAAGGAGAGGGAUUCCGGCCUGGGGGGGCCAUGAGGGGGCGGCAGCUGAGGAACUUCUGGAUAUUCAGCCUGCUGGUACUGGCAUCGGCUGCUGGAGGGGUCGCCUGGUACUCCUUGGUUUGUUACAGAACCGACGGAAACUCCCAGUCACAUCUGAAGGACGCUGCCCCUGGUGCAUCUGUGGCACCUCAAUACUGCAGGGAGAAAACAGUUGGAAAUAUUUUGAAGGUUUAUUCUUGGGACUGGAUGAAGCAGAAAGAUUACAUCACCCUGCUGAGGUCUGAACUGAACAGCAAGUGCAAUGGAGUCGUCAAGGCCAUUGUCACACAGACCAAUUCACCAAUGGGGUCGAACAUCACGUAUGAUGCUGAGAAAAGAAUUGUCAAGGUGACCCCUAAGCUGUUUGACACCUUCGUAAAGGAUUCACCGUUUGUAAAUAAGACAUUCAAGACGUGUUCCGUGGUGGGAAACGGUGGUGUCCUGGCCAACAGCAGCUGUGGAGAGGAGAUCGACUCGACCCAGUUUGUCAUCAGGUGUAACCUCGCUCCUGUGGGCAGUGGCUACCAAAGAGACGUUGGCACUAAGACGAACUUGGUAACAUCCAAUCCCAGCAUCCUCUUGGAUAGGUUUGGAUCCUUGAUGGAGCUCCGGCGCCCCUUUGUAGAGCGGCUGGAUGCUUUUGGAGACUCCCUGCUUCUGUUUCCCACCUUUUCUCACAUGCAAAACACGGCCGUCUCUUUGCGCGCCCUCUACACAGUGCAGGACUUCAGAAGCCCGGCCCGGCCCGUCUUCCUGAACCCAGAGUACCUCCGAAACCUGGCCCGGUUCUGGGAGACCAGGGGCCUGAAGAAGCGCCUCAGCACCGGGAUAAUGAUGGUCAGCCUGGCACUGGAGCUGUGUGAUGAAGUGAAUCUCUACGGCUUCUGGCCCUACCCCCAGCACCCACGGGACUGCCGGUCCCUCACCAACCACUACUAUGACGACGUGAAGGCGAAAAGUGUACACGCCAUGCCUGUUGAGUUUAACCAGCUGAUACAGCUUCAUAACCAAGGUGUGGUCAGGCUUCAUCUAGAGGAGUGUGUGCCAAGGUCCAAACAGACUCAUCUCCCAUUCUUUCUCCAUUGGUGGUGGAGUUGACCCAGAGAUAAUCUCCUGCUUUUGUUUCAAUAUGAAGGCUGUAGAUGUGUUUAUGUUCUUGUGUUCAGGAGGGAAACUUAACCUUCUUGCAUAGGCAUGUCUAAUAUUUUCUAAAUCAAGCUGAAGCACCUUUAAGGCUUAAUUAAUACCCUCAAAGGGGAGUCACACCCCCAAAUUAUUAGCCAUAGUUUUUAUUAACGUAUGGUUUCCAACAUUGAAAAUUGUAUUCUAUUGACCACAGAUGAAGUUUACAUUUACAUUUAUUUAUUUUGGUGAAAAUAAAGUUUGACUCCAAGACCUUUUUGUUCACAGCAACUUUAAGCUAGACCUAAAUAUUAUAAUUUGUACUGUUGCAAUAUUAUAAUUGUUGUUAUAUUUCAAAUAUUUUAUUUAUUUUAUCUUUAUGUUUUUUUUGUCAGGAUUGGCCUGUCUUGUCCCGUCCUGUCCUCCGUUUCCCUAAAUUCUCUGCUUUUCCCUGAUGACCAGCAUGUGUUUGUCUUACCUGGUCUUCCUAAUCUGGUCCAUGUUCUAGUAUUCUCCCAGUGUAAAAGUCCUAUGUUGUAGUUCCCUGUUUGACCAGCAGAUGUCACUGGCCAUCCUGUUCUGGUCCUUGUGUUCCCUUAAGUUUUUCCCUAAUCACAGUCCUCAUUGUUCUCCCUGUUCCCUGGGUCGCUGCAUAUCUGAAUGGGCUGAGCAUGUAGCUGAUAACCAGUUGGACCUUUGAUUAUUUAUGCCCCACAACUCGUUUUUUGUCCACCCAAUGUGAAAAUGAUGUUCCUUGUGUUUAUGCACAGCAGUUUGGUUCUUGCCAUCAGUGUCUUUGUUCUUGAUUAACCCUGUCUGUGCUUUAGUGUAUUUAGCCCCGUGCCUUGUUUAUACCUAUGUUCUAUGUUCCUUGUAUCUCUUGGCAUCUUAGUCCUCAGUUCUUGAGUGAUUGUUAAUGACUCACACCUAUUCAUUGUCUGUGCCUUGUUAGUUGUGUAUAAUUAUCCCUGUUUAUUCUGUUCCCUUGUCAAUUAUUGAAUGUGUUGGAUGUUAGAUAUUACCAGUUGUAAACCAUAUUCUGGAUCUG